AUGUUUCUCUCUACCGGCACCAAGCAUUUUACGGUUCUCUUUGAGGGGGCCGACGUCCACACCACCGGCGCCUUCAUCGGCGCCCUCUUUGCUUCCUUUGCAUUCGCCAUCAUUGUCACCCUUACCUCCCAGCUCAUCCGUGCCUACGAACACCGCGUCCUGGCCAAGACCCCGCCUUCGUAUGUCAAGUCGAUUCUCGCCGCCGUCGGCCAUGGCAGCAGACAGCUCCUACAUUACGUCGCCAUGCUUAUCGUCAUGACCAUGAACGUCUGGAUUAUUCUUGCCGUUGUCGCCGGCCACGCACUUGGCUGGUUGGUCUACGCCAUCUUCCUCAACGCUAAGGUGUCGGCCUGGCUGCAGUCCAAGAAUGAAGGAGACGUGGACCUGCCUAACAAGGACGUCGGAUGCGACUGCUGA